AUGUCUUUUCUAGCAGACUUGCUCAACUCGAUUGGGCCUUUAGCAACUCUUGCUCUCCUUAUCGUGGGCUGGUAUACAAUAUCAGCUGUGUAUUCAUGGUACCGACUUCGCCAUAUUCCUGGCCCAUUCCUGGCUUCGUUUUCAUAUCUAUGGCUCGCUCGGACUGGCUGGAACGGUACCCAGCUUGAGGAUUUCGAGGCCGCUGGCAGGAAGUAUGGCUCCCUUUUUCGGAUCGGUCCCGACAUUAUCUUGACGGACGACCCAGAACUUAUGAAGCGCAUGUCAAGCGCAAAAAGCAAAUACUGGAAGUCAGAAUGGUACUCCGGUAGCCGAUUUAACCCCUACCACCCUAGCAUGUUUACUAUACCGAGCCCAUCCAUUCACGAUGAACUCAAGGCAAAGGUCAUUCCUGGAUAUAGCGGUCGCGAUACACCCAAUGUCGAAGCUGACGUUGACAUCCAAGUCAAUAGCUUCGUUAACUUGAUCAGAAGGAAAUAUAUCUCGAUGCCUGGUUCAGGGGAAUAUCACCCCCUGGACUUGGCUCGAGCCAUAUCAUUCUUCACUUUGGAUGUUAUUUCUAGAGUAGCCUUAGGGAAAGAAUUUGGAUGCUUGGAAACCGAUUCGGACUGCUAUCAAUUUUACGAGGCAAUGGGAAAAGCGAUGCCUAUGGUGAUCUUGUCGUCCGACGUCCCCUGGAUCCGUAACAUCAUAUAUUCCACGAUCGGCUUAAAGCUUUUUGGCCCCAAAGAAACAGAUCCUACAGGGCUAGGGAAAGCCAUGAGCUUGUCGAAAGAAGCGGUACGGAAACUAUUCGAAUCGGAUAUAGGAAAGGAGCAAACCAUGUUGGGUUCAUUCGCACGAUAUAACCUCCCACGGACACAAAUUGAAGUUGAGGCACUUUUCAUGUUCGCAGCUGGCUCAGAUACAACUGCUGCAGCUAUCCGAUGCACAUUUCUACACCUAUUAUCAACCCCACGAGUAUAUUACCGGUUAAAGGACGAAGUCGGAUUGGCCGUCCAUGACGGUAGGGUAUCAAGUCCCAUCACUAAUGCGGAGGUUAAAGAGCUACCCUAUCUUCAAGCAGUUAUUUUCGAGGGCUUGCGAAUGCGACCUGUCGUAACUAGUUUGAUGCCGAAGGAAGUACCCCAUGGUGGUGACACAAUAGACGGUAAAUUUAUUCCAGAGGGAACAUCGAUAGGCGUAAACUUUUGGCCACUCCUUCGAUCAAAGGCUAGGUUCGGUGAAGAUGCAGAUCUAUUCAGGCCAGAACGAUUAACUGAAGCUGAUGAAGAGACGCGUCUUGAAAUGCAGAGACAAGUCGAGCUUGCUUUUGGUUAUGGCCGGUGGAUGUGUGCUGGAAAACCAAUCGCGAUGAUGGAGCUGAACAAGAUAUAUUUUGAGCUUUUCCGACAUUUCGAUAUACAACUUGUAAACCCCCAGAAACCCUUGACUACUUAUAGCCAUGGGCUAUUCAUUGAUAAAGGCCUGCUGGUGACGGUAGCACCAGAUCCUAUAGGACGAUGCUAGCCAUCUGGUUCCUCAUUAUAAAUACGUAUAUAGUGACCUAUAUAUGCCGAACCAAACCUCGAGUGUACUGUGAGAUUACUGAUCUUUGUCAUCUUCCGACAUACCUAUCCGGCCCUUGUAAGCAUGGGACCCGGCUUACCGCCCUCCACCUAGAAUCCUUUCCUACCUCGGCACCUAGACGCACUACUUGCCUAACUAUCGCACUAUCAAUGGCCCCUUGUAGAUGAGGUUUAGCGAUCGUCGUGAGGGGUGGGGUCCCCAUAUUCUCCAGGUUCCCCUCAGUUUAAGGCGUUCCACUUUACUCAACUAUUUUGAGUCCUUCUCACCCCGACACCACUGAAUCAAAACCUAUUUUUAAUCACGCAUUG